AUGGCGCGCGCGGCGCUCGCUGCCGCCCGCUUCUUGCAGCUGCUGCAGCCGCGGCGACGGCUGCGCCCCAGGCGCGCCAUUCGCAGCUCGCCGCCGUUUUUCGCAUCCGCCGGUGACCUGGCGGCGGAGGUGCGGCGAGACUUCCCCGCACUGCAGAGCAACGCGUACCCGGGCGUUCCGCUGAUCUACUUGGACUCCGGCGCGACUUCACAGAAACCCUCCUGCGUCCUGCAAGCUCUCACCGAUUACUAUGAGCACUCUGCCAAUGUGCACCGCGGCACCUAUGCCCUGGCCGAACGGGCCACGGAGGCCUUCGAGCACGCCCGCAGCAGCGUGGCCAAGCUCAUCGGCGCCAAGCCGCAGGAGGUGAUCUUCACCGGCGGCGCCACGGACGCCAUCAACCUGGUGGCCGAGAGCUGGGGCAGCACCCUGGGCCCCGGCGAUGAGGUGCUGAUCACGGUCAUGGAGCACCACUCCAACAUCAUUCCGUGGCAGCUGGCCACGCAGAAGACCGGGGCCACGCUGAAGCACGUCGGCAUCACUGAGGAGGGAACGCUGGACCUGGACGAGUUCCAGCGGCUCCUCAGCCCGCAGACCAAGAUGGUGGCCUUCUGCCACGUCUCCAACACCUUGGGCUGCAUCAACCCCGUGAAGGAGAUGGCGGCGGCAGCACACGCCGUUGGGGCGAAGGUGCUCCUGGAUGCGUGCCAAUCUGUGCCACACCUGAAGAUCGAUGUGGCUGACCUGGGGGUGGACUUCCUCGUAGCCUCCAGCCACAAGAUGUACGGCCCCACCGGCGUGGGCUUCCUUUGGGGCCGGCCCGAGAUCCUGGAGGCGAUGCCUCCAUGGAAAGGUGGUGGAGAGAUGAUCAAAGAAGUGUAUAUGGACCGGUCCUUCUACGCUGAUGUGCCCGCGCGCUUUGAAGCCGGUACGCCGCCGAUUGCGCAAGCUGUGGGUCUAGGCGCCGCCUGUGACUACAUGUUGCGUUUGGGCAUGGAUCGGAUAGAGGCCUACGAGAGGGAGCUGUCCGAGUACCUUUGGCAGGCGAUGUCGCGGGUCCCUGGGCUGCGGCUCUACGGCCCCCCCAGAGACCGCUGUGCCCUGGUGGCUUUCAAUGAUCAGCGCCAUGCUGAGAUUCUCAAGGACGUAGCGGGAGUGCUGGACAUGGACGGCAUCGCCAUCCGCGCAGGGCAUCAUUGCGCCCAGCCUCUUCACAGGGCGUUGGGCGCGACCUAUGGCUCGGCGCGGGUGUCCUGUGCCUUCUACACCACGAAGGAGGAGAUUGAUCGGUUUGUGGAGGCCCUAGAAGACGCCCUCGAAACCGUGAGGAGCGGCGAGGGCUGCGUGUUCGAUCCGGAUGAUCCUGAAGCCUGCAACUGCUCCAGUUCCAGGAUGCGAUCCUGA